CUCCACAUUGUGAAGAAGCUUUUGUCCUCAGGAAGGACAGGAAGAAAAAAAACUGAAGUUUCUCACAGAAAAACUUGAUCAUUUUUAUUCCAAGUUUAUUAAAUCGAGGAGGAAAAACCCCAGGCAGGUCUCACGCCAUCCGAGCGGAUUAAUAACCAUUUCUUUUUCGUGUGGAAUUGAAGAUAUUCUCCUCACCUGGAUGUUUAAAUGCACUGAGGGAUUUUCCCCCUUUUUUUUAAAGGAAUACUUUUUCCCUCGUUUUCUUUCUCCAUAAUUCCGGAUUAAUUUUUUGAUUCUGUUUUUCGGUAUGAAGGACAUGGGGUUUUAGCCUAUGAUCACGUAAGAGUGAGGAAGGAGGAAGAGCAGCUUUGAGGAGGAGGAGGAGGAAGAAGAAGAAGAGGAAGAAGAAGAAGAAGUGCCAACCUGGAACAUGGUGCCUCAGAUUUGCCCUUCACUGCCGUUGACGCCUUGCUGUUUUUCUGUCCUGCUUCUUCUCGGCCUCGCGGCCGUUCAUUCCCACGCCGACAGUUUACCACGGUUCGUUAAGUCUCCAGAGGAUCAGACGGGCAUUUCGGGAGGCGUAGUGUCUUUCGUGUGCCAGGCGGUCGGAGAACCCAAACCUCGUAUCACGUGGAUGAAAAAAGGGAAGAAAGUCAGCUCUCAGCGCUUUGAGGUGAUCGAGUUUGAUGAUGGCUCGGGCUCUGUCCUGCGUAUCCAACCCCUGCGUACACACCGAGACGAAGCUAUUUACGAGUGUACGGCCGCUAACAGCGCCGGGGAGAUCAACACCAGCGCCAAACUCACCGUGCUGGAAGAGAAUCAGAUUCCACCCGGUUUCCCGAGUAUUGAUAUGGGUCCUCAGCUGAAAGUGGUGGAGCGAACGCGGACCGCUACGAUGCUCUGCGCCGCGAGCGGAAACCCAGAUCCGGAAAUUUCCUGGUUUAAGGAUUUUCUUCCCGUCGACAUCAACAGCAGCAACGGACGGAUAAAACAGCUUCGCUCAGGCGGUUCACCGAUCCGAGGAGCUCUGCAGAUUGAGAACAGUGAAGAGUCGGAUCAGGGAAAAUACGAGUGUGUGGCGACGAACAGCGCCGGAACACGUUACUCCGCCCCUGCCAACCUCUACGUCCGAGUACGGCGGGUUCCUCCUCGUUUCUCCAUCCCACCCAGCGAUCAGGAGGUGAUGCCAGGGGGCAGCGCUAAUCUCACGUGUGUUGCUGUCGGAGCUCCAAUGCCCUAUGUCAAGUGGAUGAGUGGAGAAACAGAGCUCACCAAAGAAGACGAAAUGCCCAUAGGACGCAACGUCCUGGAACUUACCAACAUCCGCAAGUCGGCGAACUACACCUGCGUGGCCAUGUCAUCUCUGGGAAUGAUCGAAGCCAUGGCGCAAAUUACAGUCAAAGCUCUCCCCAAACCCCCUGUGUCUCUGACUGUAACUGAGACCACGGCCACCAGUAUCACCCUGACGUGGGACUCCGGGAACCCGGAACCGGUCUCCUACUACAUGAUCCAGUACCGCUCCAAAGCCUCAGACAGCAGCUACCAGGAAGUCGACGGCGUAGCUACGACACGCUACAGCAUCGGCGGGUUGAGUCCGUACUCGGAGUACGAGUUCCGCGUCAUGGCGGUGAACAACAUCGGCCGCGGUCCUCCGAGCGAAGCGGUCGAAGCUCGCACCAGUGAACAGGCGCCGUCGUCUCCUCCGCUGCAGGUUCAGGCGCGAAUGCUGAGCUCCAGCACCAUGCUGGUGCAGUGGGAACCUCCGGAGGAACCCAACGGGCAGAUUCGCGGAUAUCGCAUCUAUUACACGACCGAUCCGGACGCGCAGCUUAGCGCCUGGCAGAAACACAACACAGACGACAGCCGUCUGACCACGAUCUCUGGAUUAACCACCAACGUCACGUACAGUCUCCGUGUCCUGGGCUUUACUUCUGUAGGAGACGGACCUCCAUCUGACAUCCUGCAGGUCAAAACGCAACAAGGAGUCCCAGCACAGCCUUCUGGAUUUGAAGCCGAAGCCGAUCCCGACAAUGGGAUUAUGCUGAAGUGGAUUUUGCCCGUUCAGGAGGCGAUCACUUUGUACGAGCUGCAUUACUGGGAGGACGGAUCAGACAACAAGAUUCGUGUCACCUUCAUCCCGACUGGGUCAUACACUGUGGAGGGCCUGAAGCCAGACACUCUGUACAAGUUCUCCCUUGCCGCUCGCUCUGAAAUGGGCCUGGGGGUCUUCACCAAGCCCAUCGAAGCCAGGACCGCUCAGUCCACACCCUCAGCCCCACCUCAGGACGUUCAGGUGCUCAGUCUGAGCUCCACCAGCAUUAAGGUGAGUUGGGUGCCUCCUCCUGCCGCCAGCAGGCACGGCGCGAUCGUCCGUUACACCGUGAGCUACCAGGCGGUGAGCGGUGAGGACACCGAGCGACACACAGUGACGGAUAUCGGAGCCGACGCCACCAGUGUGGUUCUGGAGGGUUUGGGCAAGUGGACGGAGUACGUGGUGCGGGUCAGGGCUCACACUGACGUAGGGCCCGGGCCUGAGAGCGCACCGGUACGCAUCAGAACCAACGAGGAUGUGCCUGGAGCUCCUCCUCGUAAGUUGGAGGUUGAAGCUCUAAACGCGACGUCUAUCCGCGUGACGUGGAAGCCGCCGCUCUCGGGAAAACAGCACGGUCAGAUCCGCGGGUAUCAGGUGAUUUACUCUCGACUGGAGAAUGGAGAACCACGAGGGCAACCGAACAUCGUGGACGUCGCACUUCCCGAAGCCCAGUGGAACAUUGAGGACACCACGGAAUAUGAAGCCGUCAUCUCUGGUCUGAUCUCGGAGACGUCGUACUCUGUUACAAUCGCUGCGUACACCACCAGAGGAGACGGAGCCAGGAGCAAGGCCAAGGUCAUCAAAACCACAGGAGCAGUUCCUGGCAAGCCUACCAUGCUUAUUAGCAUCACAGUGGGCAACACUGCUCUCCUCCAGUGGCAGCCUCCAAAGGACAUGCCGGGCGAGUUGAUUGGCUACCGUCUGCGCUACAAGCGUGCGGACGAAGAAACGUUCACGGUCCAUAACUUUGGGAGUUCGGACGACCACUACACGGUGACGGGUCUCUUCAAGGGUGCCAACUACAGCUUCCACUUGAGCGCCAAGAACCGUGCAGGAAUCGGAGAAGAGUUUGUCAAGAACAUCAGCACGCCGGAGGAAGUUCCGAGUGGAUUCCCGGUGAACCUGAGCGUAGUGGGACUGACCACCACGACCACCCGGUUAACGUGGGCACCUCCGGUCGCAGCCGAGCGGAAUGGACGGAUCACUCACUACAUCGUCGUUUACAGAGACAUCAACAGCCAGCAGAACAGCACCAAUCGUACCUCUGAUACUCACAUGACGCUGCAAGACCUCCGACCAGACACUACCUACGACAUCCGAAUACAAGCUUUCACCAGCAAGGGGGGUGGACCCAUGAGCCCCAGCAUCCAGAGCAGGACCAUGGCAACAUCUCCAGCUUUCGCAACAAGUUUUGGUGUCAAAGCGGUAAUGAAGACGUCCGUACUUCUGACCUGGGAGCUUCCAGAGAACUUCAAGUCUCAAGGGCUUUUUAAGAUUCUGUACAAUCAGCAGAGUGUGGAGGUUCAGGGCAACAUGAAGAGGAAGCUGAUCACAGGUCUGAAGCCCGACACUAAUUACUCGUUCGUGUUAAUGAGUCGAGGAAACAGCGCUGGAGGACUUCAGCAGCAGGUCUCCAUCAAAACCGCUCCGGAUCUUCUCAAAACAAAACCCGUCCUCUUCAGAAACGACGAGAACAACGGUGGGAAAAUCACCAUCAACCUUCCCAAAGUGGCGACUACAGCACUGAUCAGGUGGUAUUACAUCGUGGUCGUGGGGUCACUGGCGUCGUCACGCAGGUGGGAAAAUCCAGAUGAAAUGGACCUUGAUGAGCUCCUGGAGGUGAGAUUUUCUCCACCGAGGCACCGGAGGCGGCGGCGUUACUCAGAGAGUCUGAGGCCGUACAUCGCCGCCAAGCUGGACAACCUUCCUGAAACAUUCACACUGGGAGACGAGCAAAACUACAACGGUUUCUACAACCAGCCGGUGCCUAGCAACCUGCCGUGCCAGUGCUUCAUCAUGGCUGAGAUGAAGGAGCAGCACCAUCUCAACCCCAGUGAGAAACAGCGUGUUCUCUCGUCCAGCCCAUACUCAGACCCAGUGAUUUUGGAGCGUGACAGCACCGUGGCUCAGAGUGUGGACUCUCCUGAGAUGUUGUGGGUGAUGGGGCCGGUCCUGGCCGUGUUGAUCAUCGUCAGCAUCGUCAUCACCAUCAUCCUCUUCAAAAGCAAACAGGAGAGGAAACGAGCAUCUCCUUUACCCAAAGACGAACACUUAAGCGGGGUGAAGGAUUCCCUCCUGGCCAACUCAUCCGAUCCUGUGGAGAUGAGAAGAAUCAACUACCAGACACCAGGUCCCAGCACUUCCUGCUGCCCCGACACUCCAAGAAUGAGGGAGCAUCCUCCUAUCUCUGUGUGUGAGCUAGCCGACCACAUCGAGCGUCUCAAGGCCAACGACAACCUGCGAUUCUCUCAGGAGUAUGAGUCCAUCGAUCCCGGCCAGCAGUUCACCUGGGAGAACUCCAACAUGGAGGUGAACAAACCAAAAAACCGCUACGCCAACGUCAUCGCCUACGAUCACUCCAGAGUGGUGCUGACCUCCAUAGACGGUGUUCCAGGAAGCGACUACAUCAACGCCAACUACAUCGACGGCUACCGUAAGCAGAACGCCUACAUCGCCACGCAGGGCCCUCUGCCGGAGACUCUCAGUGAUUUCUGGAGGAUGGUAUGGGAGCAGAGAACAAACACCAUCAUCAUGAUGACCAGACUGGAGGAGAAAUCACGGGUGAAGUGCGAUCAGUACUGGCCGAUUCGCGGAACAGAAACGUACGGAAUGAUCCAGGUGACCGUGUUGGAUACAGUGGACCUGGCUACGUACAGCGUGCGCACCUUCGCACUUUAUAAGAACGGCUCCAGUGAGAAGCGAGAAGUGAGACAGUUCCAGUUCAUGGCGUGGCCUGAUCACGGAGUACCUGAGUACCCCACGCCCAUCCUGGCCUUCCUGCGCAGGGUAAAAGCGUGUAACCCUCCUGAUGCCGGGCCCAUGGUGGUGCACUGCAGUGCGGGUGUGGGACGCACCGGCUGCCUCAACGUAAUUGACGCCAUGCUGGAGCGCAUGAAGCACGAGAAGACGGUGGACAUUUACGGCCACGUGACGUGCAUGCGCUCUCAGAGGAACUACAUGGUGCAGACGGAGGAUCAGUACAUCUUCAUCCACGAGGCUCUGCUGGAGGCGGCGACCUGCGGCGUCACCGAGGUCCCGGCUCGAAACCUCUACACACACAUCCAGAAACUGGGCCAGCCGCCGCCUGGAGAGACCGUCAGCUCCAUGGAGCUUGAGUUUAAGAGACUUGCCAAUUCCAAAGCUCACACAUCACGCUUCAUCAGCGCCAACCUGCCUUGCAACAAGUUCAAGAACCGGCUGGUGAACAUCAUGCCAUUCGAGUCGACACGUGUGUGUCUGCAGCCCAUCAGAGGAGUGGAGGGGUCCGACUACAUCAACGCCAGCUUCAUUGAUGGUUACAGACAGCAGAAAGCCUACAUCGCCACUCAGGGUCCUCUGGCCGAAACCACAGAGGAUUUCUGGAGGAUGCUUUGGGAGCACAACUCCACCAUUGUGGUGAUGCUGACCAAACUCCGCGAGAUGGGACGGGAGAAAUGUCAUCAGUACUGGCCGGCUGAACGUUCAGCACGUUAUCAGUACUUCGUGGUCGACCCCAUGGCCGAGUACAACAUGCCUCAGUACAUCCUGAGAGAGUUUAAAGUCACUGAUGCCAGGGACGGCCAAUCACGGACGAUCCGCCAGUUCCAGUUCACCGAUUGGCCGGAGCAGGGCGUUCCGAAGACGGGUGAGGGAUUCAUUGAUUUCAUUGGCCAAGUGCAUAAAACCAAGGAGCAGUUUGGUCAGGACGGACCAAUCACUGUGCACUGCAGUGCGGGAGUGGGCAGAACCGGAGUCUUCAUCACUCUCAGCAUUGUUCUGGAGAGGAUGAGAUAUGAAGGAGUGGUGGAUUUGUUCCAGACGGUUAAAACUCUGCGCACUCAGAGACCUGCCAUGGUGCAGACCGAGGAUCAGUACCAGUUGUGUUAUCGAGCAGCUCUGGAGUAUUUGGGGAGUUUCGACCACUAUGCAACGUAACACUGAGGGACUUCAGCUACCAAGAAGAAAACAAGGAUAACACACAUUUCACACACUUCAGUGUGUGUGUGUGUGUGUGUGUGUGUGUGUGUCACACAUUUCACACACACACACACACACACACAAGACACACAACAGCAGAUUCUUUCCUGACUGACACCCAGCAGCUCUGAACUCUUAAUUUCACACACACACACACACACACACACACACACACACACACACACACACACACAGGACAGCUACUGGUAGCGUUCUUUUUUUCGUAAACAUUAAAAAUUUAUUCUGACUAUAAUUUAGAAUAUUUGGACGUUUUAACAUCGUACUUCACGGUACCUUUUUUUGUUUUGUUUUGUUUUUUUGUUGUAAAUUUAUUUUCCUUUAGUUUUAUUUUAUUUGAGUUUUUUUAUAUAAAUAUAUAUUUUUGGGUUAUUUGAGCACACAGGACGUGAGCGUAAUAUGUACUAAUACGAGAGGAUUCACUCGUUCUCUGAGCUGCUGUCGGAUUUCAUUCCUAACACCGUUAUUGGGGUUUUUUUUUUCUCUAUUUUAUAUAUAAUUUGUAAUUUGUUUUUUAUUGUUAUGUUAUUAUUGUUAUUAUUGUUCGCCGGGGUUUAACUUCUUUUAGUUUCUUUGUACAAAAUAAAAUAUUGAGGAAUUUUAAAAAGUAGAAAAAAAGACGAGGGGGAAAAAAAACGCCGUCCGGUUGCACGUGCCGAUAUUCGAUUUCAUUUUUACGUUUCAGGAAAAAAAAGUUUGUUCUCGUUCUUGGCGAUUUUUAAGAAAUCGCUAAAUUUUUUAAAAAUCUGAUUGUUUUACGCUAAUCCUGCUGAUUGGAUGGAGCCUGGUCAUGUGACCUGGGACCUCGUUUGGAAUGUUCUCUAAAUAUACUAACUAUAAGAUUCUAACUAUAUAUAAAUAUAGUGUCAAAUAUAGUGAUGUAUAAAUACAUCGAUUAUCGGCACGUGCCGUGGCGUGGCGUCGAAAUCUAUACACACGACACGUUUCAAAUCCGAUUUCUCAUCCAAGUGUACAGUAUUAACCACUCCACAGGUGAGCGUUUUCUACAGAAAUAUCUAGAUCUCUAUAAAUAUAUAAAUAAAUAUAAAUAUAUAAAUAUGAGGGAAUUAUAAAUAUUAUUCAUAUAGUAUAUAUACAGCUACAGAUCGGGACGUACCAACUCCAGAGAGACUGCAGGGGGGGUGAAUCUGUAUUAAUACUGCGAAAGAAAAAUAUCUACUGUAUUAAUCCUAACACACAAAAACACACACGUACGGAUGUGUACAAGUGUGAGUGAGCAUGUGCGAGUGUGUGUGUGUGAGUGUGUGUGUGUGUUCUUUCAGACGCAGCACAGCUGAUUAUAACCACACACACUACGCUGGCCAAACGUUUCCUUUUUACCUUGUGAAUGGUUCGUGCCGUAGGGGUUUCACUCUGUUGUAUACGCACUCUGUUUUCUAUUCGUUACGGAUCGUUAUAAUUAAAACAAACAAAAAAAACCUGAAUUUAAAAAAAAGGUGCCGUUAAUAAAGUUCGAUAAUUGUUUGGGGGAUUUUUUUUUGUACAACA